GACUGCCCAGCCGAAAUUUUUUUUUCAAUUUUUGUACGAGACUGGCCGGAAAAUGAUUCUUUGUUUAAUUCUAAGCAACUUUUCAGAACAUACUUGGGGUCAAAAAUGAUGUUUAACCGUUCCUAAAAUCGUUUGAAGUUUUUUUGUCAGGUCAAAAUCACGAGACUUCAUAUACGUACUAAUAACUCAUCUUUUCGCAUUGAAAACGUGUUCCUACAGCAAAAUGAUGUUCUUGACUUCGAAAGAGGAUGAAAAGAGCUACAUUUUCGUCUAAGUUAAAAUAAGAUGCGGUCAAUAGUUUUCGAGUUAUAGUCGAUUCCAUGUCAAUUUUCGACGAUUUUUUCGCCUUUUUUGGAAUUUCGGCCCUCAUAUCACCCUUAAGGAGCGCCGCUACGGUAAAAGGUUGCUGAGGGAUUCUAAGAGAAUGAAAAGAGCUACAUUUUUGUGUAAGGUAAAACAAGAUGCAGUCAAUAGUUUUCCAGUUAUGAUCGAUUCCAUGUCAAUUUUCGACGAUUUUUUCAUAAUUGCUUACCUUCAAGCAUUCAUAUACCUUUUGAAAAGCAUCAUCACUAAAUAUUAUUGCUUUACACGUACAAAGACAAUAAGAAUUGUUCUAUUUAUUAUUAAGAAGAGAAAUCCAUUAUAUAUUUAUAUUACAUAAUAUUACAUUAUAUUACAUAAUAAACAUUAUACACGUAUAAAGGUAUAGCGCUUGUGUUCUAUUCAAAAUAAUGACAAUAAGUUAAGGCCAAGGUUGACAAGCUUUUUCGGUUGACUGGUUAUUAAAAUUAUUUUACUAAAUAGUAUGUAGUUACAUUAAGGGGUAACACCACUCUAGGAUUUUCAAAAAAUCGAAAAUUUUUUUUGCUUGAACGAUACUUUAGGGUCAUAAAAACAAUAUGCCAUUCUUGGAUAACAAUUUAUAAAAUUUAAAUGGUUUAAUUAUCGAUUUUGCCGCAGCGCCUCAGAGCGCGCGGCACUCACGCGGCGCGUGUGAUUCAUCGCUUUUCCCGUUCAUUUCUCUGUUUUACAUAUUAUAUGUAUAUUAUAUAUUUUUAUAUUUUAUAUUUUAUAUAUUGUGUUGAAGUGAAUAACAAGAAUAAUAUGAGUGUUGGAGACGGGGCUUCGAGAAUGUUCUCUUGCUUCUUUCUCGUUGCAUCGGCGGUUUUACGCAAAAUAACGAGAGCUUCAACGCUACAGUCUGGUCAAUGGCUCCGAAAUCGACUUCAAGCGGCAAACACAUUCUUGACACGGCAGUUUAUAUUAGUGUAGGCAUAUAUAAUGACGGCCUAUCAACUAUCAUGAGGCUCAUGCAGAAUUUGGAUAUGACAAUUGGGCCGAACUGUUAUAACUUCUGCGUGGAAACCGACGCGCGCCGCAUCAGCUUUUCCGAGAGAUCGCUUAGCGAUGCCGCAAAAAGGGCCCGAAUAGCCUUAAAAGUAUCUAGGAAGGAAGAGGAGGAGGCGAACAUCGACCUGGAUGGCCAAAUGUAUGGUGCAGGCAUCGCAGAUUAGAGGUAAACAAAAAUUUCAAGGAUUAAAGUGUUCAUAAAACUUUAAACGCGUUUUUCUCGAAACUACUUUUUUCAAACUGGGAGGACGGAUUUCUCGGAGACUAUUGCAUGGAUCGAUUUGAAAUUUUUACAGUAGCUUCACAACAAUAUUCUCUUUGGAAGUACGUAGCCGUUUCUCGAUUGAAUGUAAACUUUUUUUAGAAACAAUUUAAUGCUCAUUUUUAGGGCAAAAAAUCGAUUUAUUUCUUACAAAGUGCACCAUUUCCACAAAAAUUGAUUUACAAAAAAACCUCUACGUACUUCCAAAGCCAAUUGUAUAUAAUUAUAAAUUUUUUUUGUUUCUUGUUCCAGGACUCAUACAUGCCGAGAAAUUCGUCCUCCCGUGGCGGUGUUUUCAAAAAAGCUGUUUUCGACUACGGGCUCUGUCGCCGCCAUUUUGUAUGAAAAUGAUGUUACGACCCGCGUUUUUAAUUUUGCGCGGGGACGUCAGAGAAUCUCCGACGAGAAGAGGGAAAGGCAGAGAAGGGAGAGGGAAAUUGACGUCAGAAUGUGUGAGUGUAAAUGUGUAUGAAUGAAUUGAGUGUAAGUGUGGUUUGUAUGGUUAUUUUA